AUGUUUAAAAAUGUGUUUCGAUUUGGUUUUCUAAUUAGGACCGUACAUGUCAUCCUAACAUGGGUUAUCACACUGAUACUAUUCUUAUAUUACACUUACCUGCAAAGACAAGAGGAGAAUGGAGAGUUGAUGCAGCGUGUAGUGUUUUCCUUGCUGGUCCUGCUGUCAGUGAUGCUGUAUUUCACUGUCUCUCUGAUGGACCCGGGCUUUGUUCACUCUGUCAAGCACCCCACUCCUCGUCUGCGCCGGUGUGGCUCCUGUCUCAAGCAGCAGCCCAUGAGAGCUAAGCACUGCCAGAGCUGUAAACAUUGUGUAAGGGGGUUUGACCAUCACUGUCCAUGGAUAGAGAAUUGUGUGGGUGUGAGGAACCACUGCAAGUUCAUCAUCUAUCUGGCCCUGCAGAUUGCUUGGUGAGUCUCAGGUUUCCAUUCAGCCGCCACUUGGAAACUGUGGCUCAGUGUGAAUGGGUUUCUGCUGGCGGCGCUGUGUGUUGUAGGUGUGUUGUCCAUGGUGGUGGUCCUGCUCCUGGGCUGCCACCUCUAUCUGAUCUCCAUCAACUCCACCACCUGGGAGUUCAUGUCCCGCCACCGGCUCUCCUACCUGAAGAGCUACAUUGAAGAGGAGAACCCCUUUGAUCGGGGCAUUCUCUGCAAUCUGUGGGGCUUCUUCUGCAUGUGUCGAACUGUGGUGUGGGAGCAGGUGUACUACAGAGGGAGACAUAAUCACGUCUGA